UGUCGCUUCGGUCGUCUUUUUGUAUAAUAUAAAAGUUUUGAAAGAAAAUUUGCGAUAAGUGUUGAUGGAUUUUAGGGUGUGCUGUCUUGUUUUCACUCCACGGCAUACAUAUCAUGUCAAUUUUUUGUGUGUGUGUGUGACUGACAAAAAAGGACAAAGUUACAAAGAGGAUGUGAUUUUAUAUGAAUUGUCUCUUUUGGCUCCUACAUUUGGGGUUUUCCUCUGUCGAUGAGUGUGUAAAGUCCUUUGUGAAACUUUGCAAAAAAAGAAAAGAAAAGAAGAUAGGUACAUAUAAAUUUUUAGUGCUUUGAAUGCCUGUGAAUUGAAUAAAUUGAAGAUGCUGGAUAUUCUCACGCCAGUCAAUCGUCAAAUAUCUGUGGCAUGGAAAUGUGAAAUAGAUCACGAAGACGGAAGCAAGAGUACGACGUCUUCGAGGCAUCGGGUUAAGCAUGUAAUCAACUGGUGGCAGAAGAUACUUCCCACAAUGACAAAUGCACCAGACAAUUAUCGUCCUCGUGACCUACAUCACUCUUGGAGUAAUUUAGCAAAUACCAAUGAAUCAGGCAGCAGUGGGCAAGAUGAGGAGGAAAAUGUGAAGACGAUAAAAAGCCUCAGCGAGUGCUAUUUUGCUGGAAAAGGAUCAGCUCUUAUGCUGGGAUCGAAUGAGCAUUUACGUAGCCCAUGUGAUUUGGGUCGUUUGAGUGUUAUUUCCACGUGUUCAUCAUCAACAUCGAUGUCUUCGGGCAAUACAUGCCCAUCUACGGGGCAGGUGGCAUCAACAGGUGGCGCUCAGGCGACAUCUAGUACCACCAAUUCAUCCGACAUCCAUCAGCAUCUUCAAUCGAUGUUCUAUCUUCUGCGACCGGAGGAAACGCUCAAAAUGGCUGUAAAAUUAGAAUCUGCACGCGCUGGACGCACACGAUAUUUGGUGGUUGUUUCGCGAUUUGUGAAGAAUCGCCUGCAGCAGACACUAUCGCUACCGGAUUGCCAUCAGCAUCAUUUGAGUAAGUUGCAAAAUCAGCAGAUGGUUGUACGGAGUGCAACGAGUAGUGCAGUGAACCGAAAAGUCUCACCGAUAUGUUCGUGCACGAGACAGAAUCAUAGACAGUCGAAUGGUGGGCAUGUGGACGAAAAGGGUGGAGGUGGUGAUGUGAGAUCAAAGUGCUGCACCAUUGAUGGGCAAAAGGGUGUAAAAUGUGACAAUGAUGUAUGUCUAGAGUGUACAAAUGAUGACUAUGAGGAUGAUGAUGCUGCUGCAAAAGUGUGCGGUAGGAACUAUGAUCAGGAGGAAUCGUGUCUCCUUGGUAUUGAUUGCAAUGAAAAGUCCACGGUGGGCUUGGUAUUGCGCAUCUUGGCUGAUACAUCAAUACGCUUGGAUGGAGAUGGUGGAUUCAGCGUUAGUGUUUGCGGAAGGACACACAUCUUCAAGCCUGUUUCAGUUCAGGCAAUGUGGUCUGCACUUCAGACAUUGCACAAAGUAUCUUCCAAGGCUAGAGAAAAUAAUUAUUUUGCUGGUGGCCCAUCACACGAAUGGGUAUCGUACUAUGAGGAGAAUAUUGAGUCAGAUCGUUCGUGUCUCAAUGAAUGGCAUGCGAUGGAUUCACUCGAGAGUAGACGUCCACCAUCGCCGGAUACGAUAAGGAAUAAACCAACUGAACGGGAGGAAACUGAACGUGUCAUCCGGACAGCUCUGAAGGAGAUUAUGAUGUCAGUGGAUCUGGAUGAGGUGACAUCCAAAUACAUUCGUGGACGACUCGAGGAGCACCUUGAUAUGGAUUUGGGUGAAUUCAAGUCGUUCAUUGAUCAAGAGAUGUUGGUUAUUUUGGGGCAAAUGGAUGCUCCAACGGAGAUCUUUGAUCACGUCUACUUAGGCUCCGAAUGGAAUGCCAGCAAUCUCGAAGAAUUGCAGCGCAAUGGCGUGCGCCAUAUUUUAAAUGUGACACGUGAGAUUGAUAAUUUCUUCCCGGGCUUAUUUGAUUACUGCAACAUCCGUGUGUAUGAUGACGAGAAGACGGAUCUCCUAAAGCACUGGGAUAAUACAUUCAAGUAUAUUUCCAAGGCAAAGAAGCAGGGCUCCAAGGUGCUUGUGCACUGCAAAAUGGGGGUCAGUAGGUCAGCAUCCGUGGUAAUUGCGUACGCAAUGAAGGCCUUCAAUUGGGACUUUGAUCGGGCAUUGGGGCAUGUACGGGGGAAGAGGACGUGCAUAAAGCCCAAUAAGAAUUUUAUGGCACAACUUGAGACGUACCAGGGGAUGCUGUAUGCCAUGAGGAAUAAGGAUAAAUUGCAGCGGAGUAAGAGUGAGACGAAUCUUAAGAGUACGAAGGAUGCUCGUUUGUUGCCGGGGAGUGAGCCAACGCCACUCAUUCAGGCACUCAAUGGUGCCAUGAUGGGUGGGAAUUUGCUGCAAGUUUCCGGGGUGGAUCUCAAGAAGAUUGGUAGUCGCCCCAAGAGUUGGUCACCGAAUAAUGCGGAGGCAACGGGGGCGGCAUUGGCAAAGCCCCAAUCGCAGAGUCUCGAAAAUCUCGGACCACCGAAGGUGGCGAAGAAGCCCGGAAAUGCGGGGGCAAUGUCAAAAAAUGUCCGUUUGCCGUGCAGCAAUGGGCAGAACUAUAGUGUGUCGCAGAAUCAGGUGGUUCAUCUGCAGGAGCACAAUCCAAAUAGUCAAAUUUUCACGGAAUCCCUCGUUGUGCCAUCCGUAAAGUCCAUUGUGAGUGAAUUGGAGUCAACAAAUUCGGGCAUUAUGAAGGUGGUGCGCGAGAAGAAGGCACUGAGUUUGCAUCUAACGGCCACAGAGGCGGAGAAGGUGAUGCAGAUGAAGAAGGAAACAUGGGAUCCGGGAGAAGGUGGGGAGAAGGAUGCUGAGGGGAAGCACGAGGGCAGCUGUAGUGUUAAUCAAAUUAGUAGUGUAAAUACAGAGGGCACAGAAUGUGCUGCAGAAAUUUGUGAUAGUCCACAAGAUGGACAAAAUCUUCCAGUUGAGACCACCAAGUGUCGCGUGGAUGACGCUCCUCCAGCAAGGGGUGAUGCACCUGAGGUGACAAAGAUGGCAGCUAAGCGCGAUGGGGAUCCCUUCUCGUCGCAACUUGAUCGUGUUUUCGAUCGAGAAGAACGCAAACAGGUACGUCACACAACUUUCCCACCAACGCACGCCACUGUUGUGGAAUUAUCAACAAACCCCGAGUACAUUGUUUCGCGCAAUAGUUCAUGGAGUAGCGUGGAUUCGGCGGUUGUCAUGGCAGAUGGGCGGGAUGUACCGUCGAGGCAUUCCUCAUGGGGGUCCGGUGAUACGCGGACACUACCGUCGCGCAAUAGCUCAUGGGGUUCGUAUGAUAUUCACGUGAACGCACCAGCAACAAAUGCUGCAGAUGGCACACAAAUUGUGAUGGGACAAAGUGGGAUAUUUCCCUAUGAUCGCGAUGAAAUUCCCUGGCAUCCGGGUACGGUGAAGCGCACGAAGCAGCGUAUUGAGGAGAAAACCUUCGUGAAGCGUAUCUGUAGUGAUGAGAAUAAGUCCGAAGAGGAGGUGGAGAAGGCAAUUCCGCAGGCACGGAGUCAAAGUGAGGAAUUUUUGGCGCGAAAAUGUUCAUUUCAGCUGGUUCAGCUGUCAGCAUCAGCCCCAGCGGGCACGACGACGUCGUCACAACUCGAGGAGCCGGCAAAGCAGAGGAAUCUCGCAAAUCGUACCCUGAAGUAUCGUCAUUCAAUGGAUGAGACAACAGAUAAGAAGCCCACGAGGUAUCAUACGCUGAAGGAGGGUGAAGAGUGCUCGGGGCUGUCGGGUAUGGUGCAGAGUUUGAAGAUGAAUUUCGAGAAGAAGGCCACAUCUGCCGAUGAGGUGGCGACAGCAAAGAAGGGACGAUCUCUGCCAUCAUCCCCCAUUGCCAUUCACAUUGGUGUCCAAGAUAAAUCCAGUAGGAUGAAUCAGGGAACAACACCUGAGGAUACCAAUGUGCGGGGGCUCGUGGAUAAGUACGAAGUGGCAAAGAUGCGUGCCAAACCACCGCCAAAUCACACGAGGCAACGCCCCAAAUCCGUGCUGGAGGUGAAGAGCUUCCACACACCGGGGCUACAUCCGACAAAACCCCUUCUCAUUAAUCACAGCAAGAUGACAAAGUCUCUCCACUGCCGUACGGAUGAGUACGCCAGGCCACCAGUGCCACCACCAACGGUCCGGAAUGCCAUCCUACUGCCCAAGGCGCUGUCGAAGAAGUCGCAACAGCAGCAACACGGGAAGACGCAUCCAUUGACAAAGCUGGCUGUAGGAAAAGCAUACUCCAAUACUGCGGCGCCCUAUAAUACAAUGUAAGGUCUCCCUGCCCCCCAUUGCCCCCACGAAUACUUGUAGGUAGUUUAAUUGCCAACUCAAUCAGCAAUUUCGGAGAAAAAAAAAGAAUUUUAUCAAGAUGAAAAACGCGAGAAUUUUAGCAUAAAAAAUCAUUUCAAUUCGUUUAAUAAAAUUUUAUGGUUUCUUUUAUGAAUUUGAAUAAAUGAAAAAUCUCUGCUUUUAACAAUCUUUCAUCGUGGAACUAAAGGACAUUAUUCAAGGCAAUAUGAGUUAUUAUUUACUAUGAGGAAAUGCGCGGGAGAAAUAUAGUUUUGUAGAUGAUUAAAAAAAAAAUCAGAAAUCACCAAACAGACAUUACAUUUUCCGCUGGAUAAAUGCAGAAAAA